AGAUUCUGUCUGGUAAACAAAAUCACUGAACUGACACGUGUCACAGAUAAGACAAAAACAUUAAUUGAUGUUAUUUUAACAACCUACGAUGAACACUAUUCGACAGCUGGCUCGUUAAGUCUUGGUAUAAGCAAUCAUGAUCUUGUAUUCAUUGUUCGGAAGAAUAAACUCGUACGUCCCAAACCAUGGCUUAUUGAAUUUAGAAGCAUGAAAAACUUCAAUCAUUCGAAAUUCCUUGCUGAUUUGGAGAUGGUCCCCUGGGAUUCAGUCUAUCUAUAUGACAAUGCCGAUGAUGUUUGGAAUCAUUGGAGUACAUUGUAUACAGAAAUUUUGGACCAACAUGCACCGAUUAAGAAAAAGUGGGUUCGAAGUGACCAAUUGCCUUGGAUCACCCCUCAAAUCCAACAAGAAAUCUUGUUACACAAUAGACUGUUCAAGCGUCACAGCUGUAAAGCUUUUGAAUAA